GGUGGCGCCUCCCGUCGGUACAGUCAUCCUUCUGCCUGUUCGGCGGGACUGAUGGCCGGAGAGAUGACGAUCUUAGGUUCAGCUGUUUUGACUCUCCUGUUGGCUGGCUACUUGGCACAACAGUAUUUACCACUGCCUACUCCAAAAGUGAUUGGCAUUGACCUGGGUACCACCUACUGUUCGGUUGGUGUAUUUUUUCCUGGGACAGGAAAAGUAAAGGUGAUUCCAGAUGAAAACGGGCAUAUCAGCAUCCCCAGCAUGGUGUCCUUCACUGAUGGCGAUGUGUAUGUGGGCUACGAAAGCUUAGAGCUGGCAGAUUCAAACCCUCAAAACACAAUAUACGAUGCUAAACGGUUCAUAGGUAAGAUCUUCACCCCUGAGGAGCUGGAGGCUGAAGUUGGCAGAUACCCGUUUAAGGUUUUACACAAAAAUGGAAUGGCUGAGUUUUCUGUGACAAGUAACGAAACCAUCAUCGUUUCUCCAGAGUAUGUGGGCUCCCGACUGCUGCUGAAGCUAAAGGAGAUGGCAGAGGAAUAUCUGGGCAUGCCAGUCGCCAACGCUGUCAUUUCUGUGCCAGCAGAGUUUGACCUACAACAAAGAAAUUCAACCAUCCAAGCUGCCAACCUGGCUGGACUGAAGAUCUUGAGGGUGAUAAACGAACCAACAGCAGCAGCUAUGGCCUAUGGUCUCCACAAGGUUGAUGUCUUCUACGUGUUGGUCAUAGACUUGGGAGGAGGAACUCUUGAUGUGUCAUUACUAAAUAAACAAGGAGGGAUGUUUCUAACACGAGCAAUGUCUGGAAACAACAAACUUGGAGGGCAAGACUUCAAUCAGAGGCUGCUUCAGUAUUUAUAUAAAGAGAUCUAUCAAACGUAUGGCUUUCUUCCUUCCAGGAAAGAGGAAAUCCACAGAUUAAGACAAGCGGUAGAAAUGGUCAAGCUAAACUUGACGCUACAUCAGUCUGCCCAGGUAUCAGUUUUACUCACUGUAGAGGAAAAGGACAGCCAGAAACCUCAGAAUGGUGACUCUGAACUGCCAAAAGACCAGCUAACCCCAGGGGAUGGUCACCAUGUAAACAGAGUGUUUAGACAUGGCCUUUCUGAAAGCAAGAGUGGAGAAAGUCAGGUUUUAUUUGAAACAAAAAUAUCCCGCAAACUCUUUGAUACACUCAAUGAAGAUCUUUUUCAGAAAAUACUUGUACCCAUUCAGCAAGUAUUGAAGGAAGGCCACUUAGACAAGACUGAAAUUGACGAGGUGGUUCUAGUUGGGGGUUCUACGCGUAUUCCUCGGAUCCGCCAAGUUAUUCAGGAGUUCUUUGGAAAGGACCCAAACACGUCUGUAGACCCUGACCUGGCUGUGGUAACCGGAGUGGCCAUUCAAGCUGGGAUUGAUGGGGGCUCCUGGCCUCUCCAAGUUAGUGCUUUAGAAAUUCCCAAUAAGCAUUUACAGAAAACCAACUUCAACUGAACUCUGAGGGCGUGCUGCUAACUGAUCUUGUCUAGUGGUGUUACUGAUUUCCAUGUGAACCUUCUCCAGAAAAGAAGUCCAUGAAGUUACUCACGGAUUCCCGAGAGGACAUUUAUACAGGACAGCUUUACAUAGUGUUUUGUUUUAGAAUCGAAUAUGACCAGAUGAGUCUUGUUGGAGUUUGUUAAAAAAAAACCAAACAAACAAACAAACUCAGUAUUUCUAAAGUAACAAUGUUUAGUAAAACUUUCCUGGAUUCUGGAAGUAGGUGGCCAUUAACACUUACUAGUCUGGAAACUUCAGUGCCAACUCUGAGGCCCAAGUUCUUACUGAAUUUUAUUAGUAGGGGCUGAUAAUUUCUUUAUUUGGUUAUUACAUACAACUCUUAAUUUAGUCUAUACUUGAAGGACUGUUGUGUCAGGUAUUUACGUUGGCUGGGAGUUAGCAGUAUUAUGAAACUGCAUAGAGAGUAUUCAUCAACUGCCAUGAAAUUUGUACUUUGAGAAAUCCACUAUCUUUUUACAUGUUACAUUCACCUAAUCUACAGAUUUUAAUAUAUUUGAAAGACCAGUUUUUCUUCCCAAAAUAGCUAAAGAUUUAUUCAGAUUUCUUUCUGCCAGAUAGUAGAUAUGCCCAGUCUAUAGUCUAGUCCUUUUAUCUUCAGGCUGACAUUUUCUGCUUGUAUUUUCACAUUUCUGCUUCGUAUGAAUAAGAGGACAGUAGGGAGUUAUCAGUUGCCUUUUCAACAUGUUGAUGUCACAAUAAAGCUGUAUUACUCUCUCUGUUUGUUUCUGCUAUCUAAGACCAUUGCAUAGAUCAAAUAUUUGUAGCAGCUCUUUGGUUUUAGUUAGGCUGUUUCCCCUUUUCUCAGGGCCAAACCUAGAAGUGCAAGACUAUAAUCCAGCUACUCUAGAAACUGAGGCAAGGGGCCUACAACAACUUCAAGGCCUAUCUGAGCUACUUAGGAAGUUCUAGACCAACUUAGGCAACUUAGUGAGAUCCAGGCCCUAUCUUAAAAAAUGAGAUACAGGGUGGUGGGGGGCUGGGGGGAGGGGGAAGCAAGCCAGAUGGCCACAAGGACCAGUGAAGAAAAUUCUGUAUGUUGACUUUGUGGUGGCCAUGUUAUUGGAAGAUAUAUGUUUUUUUUUCUUUAUUUUGCUUUAGUACAAGAAUUAUAUCCUUGCUAUCAUAUUCAUAUAAAGUAUAUUCUGUUUAUCAGUGUUGUAAUAACUGAAGAAGAGAGCUAAAACUUUGAAUAAGAUUGAGCACUUCAUCUUCCCAGAGUGUAAUGCUGAAAGGUGGUGGGUUUAUUUGGUUUGGUUUGGGUUUUUGUUGCAGCUUUAUAAAAUAUAUUUUUGUUUUGCUCAGUUGUGAAAUUGCAGUUAAACAAGUCAUUUUCAUCUAUCAAAGCAUGUGCAUCAGGUAGAUAGAAAAAACAUAAACUGCCGUGCUUUAUUUUAGAACUAAUGGAGAAAUGCCAAAGACGAGCCCUUCACAGCAUUCUGGAAGUCCUCAGGACUGUGACUGUCUAAUUUUUAGAUUGAAAAACAUCUGUGACCGUGUUUGAGACUUGAGUAUUUAAGUCUCAAAUGUGCUACCGUCUCCACAUGUGCUUUGAAUUCUCAUGUAGGCCGUUGAGGAUUAUCAGCAGCAAACUUGAAUUUACCAGAUAUCUGACAGAACUCAAAACAUGAACAAAAACAUUUUGCGGAAUGGAGCAGAUAAAUAAUACUAAAAUGGGAAGGUAAAUAAUUUUUAUGAAAAAAAAAAAAAACCCAGAAUGGUAGUGUUGGAGGUGGGGCUAAGUAGUUAGCAUCCUCUUCUCUAGUAGUUACAAUGAUAAAAACAUGAAGGAAAUGGUCUUCAGUCAUAUAGUAGAGUUAUGUGUACCUAAUCCUGACACCAGUAUCGUUUAUUUAAAAGGUACAAAUGAAUUCUGAAGUGGGCCAUUUGUAAGAAUCUGAGAUCAUUUUCCAUAAAAUGUGCUUUUUAGUUGUACAUUUGGCUAAAGCUUUUUUUUAAAGUAUGUAACUUAAAAAAUACUAAAUAAUAUGUAAUUUAUUUUGUAUCAAUGUUUUGGUACUGUGUUUUCAAUCAAACCACCAGAUACCACUGUGUAUAAUAUGAAUUCAAUAUGACAGUUACUGUAUAGAACAGAUUGUGCCUCUUAAAUAUGUGUGUACAGGUAAUUCAUAUUUUGCUGUAAACGCAUACCAUUUGCAGUUUUGCUUUUAAAUUGUAUACUUUAUUUUCCACCCAUGACUAGCUUGGAGUAUAUUUUUGAUGUAUAUAAAUCCAAAAAGAGAGAGAGCUGAUGUGGUGCUUACAGAUGUUCCCUAGCAAGUGGUUUCCUUUCAGAAAUGUCACAUCUUCCUGCAUCCUAUAUGUCUCCUGGCAUUACUGCUACGUUUUCUGCAUAGUUCUAAUUUAGAAGAGCUAGUUCUAUGUGAACAGUUUCUUUAAAACUCUGAUUAACAAGCUAUGGCUUGUAACCAGUGGAGUCAAAUGCUGACGUGAUCCACCCAGUUAAUGAGCCUGCAUACCCCCAACCGUCAUCUUUCAGUUGACACUUAAUGUUUCAUAAUUUUCUAAUAAAAUCUGUGUUAUUCUUUUGGACAAAAA